UCUGAAAUGUAAGAGUUAACAGGAACUUAAAAAAAGAAAAAAGAAAGACAGAGUCGACACAAAAAUAGAGUUGUGCCAUUAGUGAGUGAGAAGCAGUCAUGAAGGACCAUUCAUAUCUUUUCAUCUUUAUGAUUCAUUUUAGUACUGGCUGUAUUCUUUCAGAUGAGAAUCAGACAAAAGAAAUAUCAGGAUACACAGGUGGUUCAGUGGUGCUGCCCUGCUCCUGUGCUGAUCCUCAGUCUACAGCCACGGCAUUCACAUGGCAGUUUCACCGCAGUGGAAAACAAUGGAUUGAAGUAUUUGAGGAUGAGAAGUACAGAGGCAGACUUGAGCUGUUUAAUGAAAGUUCUCCACAAAAUCUGUCUCUUCUCAUUUCUGAACUCAGAAUGGAAGAUCAAGGGUACUAUAUGUGUAAGACUGAACGACAUUCUAUUACAUCCGUUCUGUUAACAGUUAAGGGCUGUAAUUUGGUUCAGAACACAGAGUCAACAAAUGCAGUGACUGGAUAUGCAGGAGAGUCUGUGGUUCUGCCCUGCUCCUGCACUGAACUACUGGCUAAACCUGAACAGAUACAAUGGAUGUAUUCUGUAAAGAACACUUAUUUGGAAAUUUACCCAAAUGAAAAGAUUGAGAGCCACAAGAACAGAGUCAAACUGUUAAAUCAAACAACUCCAGGAAAUCUCUCUCUACACAUAUCAGCACUGACCGCAGAGGACGAAGGAGACUAUUAUUGUUCUGUCUCGUCUCAAAAAGUCUUCAACAGACUUCAUGUUGAAGAGAAACCACACAUCCAUACACCCAUCAGUUUGUCAACACAUCAACCUUCACACCAAACACGAGAACUUACACCACCUCACCAACCACACCACACACAUCAGUAUGUUUUUAUUCUGUUGGGGGUGAUUCUCUCAGUUCUGUUACUGACAUUACUGGCAUUUAUCUACUGGAGAUGCAGAGGAGGCAGAAAUGUGAAAAAGGUGACCAGUAAUGAAGAACUAAAAGGAGAACAAGACAAUCCGGAUGACGUGACGUAUUCUGCUGUAGUCCAUGUUAAAACAGCAUCCACACCAGCUCACACAGAGAGUAACCCAUCAGAGCACACUGAAUACGCUCCAAUCAAAGUUAAACGCUGAACGUCAACAAAGAAUAUAGUCAAUUUAAUGGUGAGCAUUUUAAAGAGAUUGAAACAACCAUGUACAUUUUAUUAUUGAGGGUUUUGUGUAACCAGUUUGAGAAGAAAACCUGUUAAUUGUUUGAAAGACCUUUAAGUACAUGCAGAAUGAUUUUAAAGCAGGACUAGAGAAUUAAGGAGUUGCCUGUUUCUAUUUUCAGACAGCUGAGCACUAAUAGAGAAACAAAGAAUGAGUCAGACACUGUGUGCAUGCACUUUCAACACAAUGAUCACACCAUAGUGUCAGAUUUAAUAGCUGACAUAUUUAAGGUUUAAAUUUGCCAAGAAAUGAUAAUUGAUCUCAUAGUGAACAAUUCAUCCAUAUGUUUCAUAUUUUUUAAAAACUUUAUUUGAGCUUAUUUCUAAAAUGUAAAUUAAAUAUGUCUUAAAGGGAUAGUUCACCCAAAAAUGAAAAAUUCUUACCAGAGAGAAGUGUCUUGUUUUCAUUGGAAGUUAGGAAAAGUUAAAGGGAAAAUUCACCCAAAAAUGAAAAUUCUGUCAUUUACUCCCCCUCAGGUUGUUCCAAACCUGUAUAAAUUUCUUUGUUCUGCUAUACACAAAGGAAGAUAACAGGAAGAAUGUUUGUAACCAAGCAGAUCUUGUCCCCAUUGACUACCAUAGUAUUUUUUUUCCCCUACUAUGGUAGUCAAUGGGGGGCAAGAUCUGCUUGGUUACAAACUUUCUUCCUGAUGCUGUAUCUUCCUUUGUGUACACAGCAGAACAAAGAAAUGUAUACAGGUUUGGAACAACCUGAGGGGGAGUAAAUGACAGAAUUUUCAUUUUUGGGUGAAUUUUCCCUUUAACUUUUCCUAACUUCCAAUGAAAACAAGACACUUCUCUCUGGUAAGAACAACUUCAGUCAUUUUGUCCUCAUAAAUCCCUCUUUCUUACAGUCGACUGAAACUCGCAUUCAGAUCUCCCUCCAUCCAAUCAGCAACCAAUGGAUAGAACCAAUCCCCUCCAUCCAUUUUUUUUUACUUUUCCUUUAAUCCGUUUUACUCUGAUGAAUGUCACAAUAUACAUAUGAUAACACUUGAGAUUGGGGAACACAUAUUCACUAUUAGCUAGUCGCUUAUUAGCAUGCGGCUGUUUAUUAGUACUUCUAAAGCAUAUAUUAAUUUUUCAUUCUGCAUGACCAUAUUCUUAAUCACCCAUACCUAAACAUUACCACUUACAGCAACUACCUUACUUACCAUCAAAUAAGCAGUAAUAAGGAGUUUAUUGAGGCAAAACUCAUAGUUAAUAGUUGAAUAUGUAUUCCCUAAAGUGUUGCCUAUUUAUAUAUCUGAUGGUGCAGCUUUAUUAUGUGGGCAUGUGUCUGAUUGAUAUAAAUUCUAAAGAAGCAUCUUUGUGUGUGAGGAAGCUGUGGUUUCAUGUGGAAAAUGACACUUGCACAAAUGUAAGAAUCUGUAAAGAUGAGCAAUAAUGAUUGUGUAUUCAGAAGAGAGUGAAUUCUUCUGAAGUGUUUACACAGGAUUUCUUCUGUAUUUAGCUUCUAUUUAUUACACAACACUUACAUCAAUCACUCAUAUAGAUCUCAAUCAUACUUCAUUCACAACAGUAUUCCAAAACACGUUUUAUAAAAGUUAUUACUUUAUUUUAUACCCCUCACAUCUAACACACACUUUGAGUUUAAAUGAAAUGUUGUGAAUUUUGUUCUGUGACUAAUAUGCCAUUUACUGACUUGCAAUCUGUGAAUAAAAUCUUGACUGAAAUCAA